GUAGCGUUUGUUUACCUCUCCCAUUUGGUAACGCCGGGGGCGGAGUUGACUUCUGCCGCUGAGGAGUCGAACCCAUGCCCGUUUGCCUACGUGCCCCCCGCCCAGUGUGUAUCCCGGCCCGUGCACCCGGUCCGGCUCCGGUGUGAGAGAUGUCCCGGGUCCUGAUCGUCGGUGCCGGCCUGACGGGCAGCCUGUGCGCGUGCCUGCUGAGGAGGGAGCUGCAGAGUAAAGUUCACAUCGUGGUGUGGGACAAAUCCAGGGGUGCAGGUGGCCGCAUGUCCACCAGCCGGUCCCCGGACCCUUCUUCUCACCCAGCGGAUCUGGGAGCUCAGUACAUCUCUGCCACGCCUGCCUACGCUCAGUCACACCAGAGUUUUUACUCAGAGCUGCUGGCUGCGGGCGUCCUGAAGCCUCUCGACUGCAUCAUUGAAGGUCUGAAGCAGAAGGACAUCAGCUAUAACUAUGUGACGCCGCUGGGCAUGAGCAGCUUGGUCAAGCACUUCCUGUCUGAGUCUGGAGCCGACUUGUUCCUUGAGCGUCAUGUGACUGGAGUGUACCGCCGCGGUGCAUCGUGGGAGGUCAAGAGGAAAGUGGGCGAAAGCGAGACGUUCGACGCUGUGGUCCUGACGAUGCCGGUCCCUCAAAUCCUGCAGCUGGAGGGGGAUGUGGGACCCUUGCUGUCUGUCCAGCAGAAGCAGCAGUUGGAUGGUGUCGCAUAUUCGUCCCGCUUCGCCCUCGCUCUUUUCUUCCCUCCGGACGCCGUCUUCAGCUUUCCGUGGGGCGCCAGAUACGUCUCCGAGAGCGACUGCAUCCGCUACAUCGCCGUGGACCCCCGGAAAUGCAGAUCAGAUCCCGCCGGCCGCGGCCCGUCCAUGGUCGUCCACACCAGCGUCCCGUUUGGCGUGGAGCACUUGGAGGAGGACAAGGAGGAGGUCAAGCCGGUCAUCCUGCAGGAGCUCUACAAGCUGCUCCCCGAUCUGCCUCAGCCAAUCAGCAUCAAGUGCCACAAGUGGCGGUACUCCCAGGUGCUGACCACGGUGCCGGACUGUCCGGGUCACAUGACCGUCCUGAACCAGCCGCCCCUCGUCUGCGGCGGCGACGCCUUCACCCACUCAAACUUCGACGGCUGCGUGGAGUCGGCGCUGAGCCUGCUGGGAGCGCUCAAGUCCUCGCUGUGAGGACGGCCAGCCGUCGCCGACCAGUCGCACGUUUUUCAGUGAAGUUGCACACAUGAAGGUUUCCGCUUCGUCUUUGAAUAAAUUUCAAUGUUUGAACAAAGUCGGAGUCGUUGAGUCCACUGAAGGCAUCUUUCGACACCGACGCUCAACCUGUCCGGUUUGACCUUUGACCUCCAGUUUCCAUUAGGACCUCACUCAGAAAAGCUGAUUCAGUUCAGACAGACAGACAAAACAGCUGUUUAUAAAUAGUUUAUUCACCUUUACAGUGUUUUUAUUCCAUUAUAAAACCAAGUGGCAUGUGUUUAUAAUAGUGUGAGUUCUGAUUCACUGAAAUCAACAACAGAUGAAAAAUAAACUUUGUUCUCCUGAAAUGAAGCCAGCUGAAUUCAGAACCAGGUCUGUCAGAGUCCGGAUCACACGGGGGCUGAAAUGUUCGGGACUAUCACAGCUAAUGAGAACUAUUUUUGAAGGUUUCUGACAAAUUUCUCAGUCUAAUUUAACCUGAAGCCUGUUUUAAACCCCGCCCCCAAACACUGAUUGUCCAAUCACAGUUUAGCAGAAGUACAUUUUUUUUUUCGGUGAGGAGUUAUUCAGACGCUAGCCUCGUCACGAUGACCGACCCCGGAUGUUAACAUUUGCCAUGAAUGCCUCAGUAUUUUAUUUCCUCGUGAAUCCAGUAGAAUAUUGUCUUCGCUUUGUUUAAACCACUGAGUGACAGACUCAAUUUUCCCCCCCGACAGACGUGGUUGUUGUGAGCGACUUUAAGCAACAAUCGGACUUGUGGAUCCAAAGAACAGUUGUUUAUGUGACAGUCACAUGACUCACACACUGAUUAUAUCUGAAAGCUGAAAUAUGAAACUAAUAUACCUGCAUCUGUAAGCGGAGGGAACCACAUGAGUACACCGGAAGGAAAACAUGUACAGAAAAGAAA